GGGCCGCUCGGCCGAGGAUGAAGCUGCUGCCGGCCGCGCUGGCCCUCGCCCUGCUCCUCAGCCGCCUGGCGCCGGCGGGCGGUCUGUCGCUGGAGAGCCUGCUCACCAACAAGCGCUGCAAGUGCCUCAAAUCCACCUCCCAGGUGGUCGGCUUGGGCAUGAUCCUGGCCAUCGACGUCAUUGCUCCCGGCAUUUACUGCAGGAGGAAGGAGAUCAUCCUCUCCCUGAGGAGGAAUAAGAAGGUGUGCGUGGCCCCCGAGGCGCCCUGGAUCCAGCUGCUCAUCCACAGGCUGACGCAGAGGAAUGCCGCCAAAAAAGAAGCACCGCCGGCCCCGCACAGGGCAGCCGAGCGGCUGCGGCCGGCCCCGUAGCCGGCCCGCGGCCCCCCAGCGCCGCCCGCCUUCCCCGGUUAUUUAUUUGCCCGCGGGGACGGCGCGGCGGUGGCACCCCGGGGCGAGCCGGUCCCCGCGGAGACGGCGGGUUCGGGGGCGCAAAGCCGGCGGCUCGCUCGGGCCCCGGGGGUUGCUGCGCCGCGCGCGCUGCUCAAUAAAGGGAUGAGGCCGCUGCCGGCGGCUCCUCUCGCACGGGCGCGCGUGGGCCUCGUAUUUCCUCCAGACGCGCCCCGAGGGGUGAAGCCGGGUCGGGCUCGUGCUUCCCAUGGGAAAUCCCGCGGGAAUCCCGGCCGGCGCCGCGUGGCCCUCGGGAGCUCCUUGCGCGGGAACCGGGACCCUGGGGCGACGCGCGGGGCUAAAAACGCCCUCGCUCCCAGCAGAGUCAUCGCCCUUUUCGAACCUGGCCGGCUCUGGGUGUCUGGGGACGCGGCACAGGGCGAGAAGCGCUCAGGGCUCUGCAUCCCGUGCACGGCACCCUGCCCUCCGCCCCGUCCGCGCUGCCUGGGGCGUCCCGGGAAGCAGCGCGGGACACGAGGGCGCUCGCGACACGGCCCCUUAUUGCCUCCGGGAGGAAAUAAGAGCACCCAGGUGCAAAGAAAGAAACAAGCAGAUAUUCAGCCCCGUACAUGACACGUGAGCAGCACCCGUUCUG